AUGGGGCGAAGGGUGCGUGUCUGCUUCGAGCCUUCGAGAACGCUGCGCAGGAAUUUGUCUGAGGUAUUGAUUGGGCGCGUUCGGUCUUCUUCUUUGCCUUUAAGCAGCGGUAACAACAAUAACGACGACGAUAUCCCGGAUAAAGGAGAAGAGCGCGCAGAGAUGAGGAUUGCUGGGGCGCUGGUGCCGCUGGCGGCUGCGGCUUCGGCUGUUACUUUGCCUGGAGCGUCUCCCGCUGCGGAAGGGGCUACGAGUGCUUCCGAUUGGACUUCUGUUCUGGACGCCCAAGGGGCUGUAUCUUCGUUCGGACGGGUUCUUGGCGCGGCGACGAGGAGACUUACAUGGUCCGGCACGAGCCCCACCAACGACAUCGAGGCGGAAGCGCCAAUCUACCGCUACGAGACGGUGCCGGAGAAAGAGGUCGCGGAGAGUGUCUACCAAAUCAUCCAGGAGAGCGGACACGAGCGGUUCGCGGCGCUGCUACGCGGACAAGAGGCCCUUUACAAAAGGCUUGCUGGUGCCGAGGGGGCGUUUACAGUCUUCGUGCCCACCGACGAGGCCUUCCAGAAGCUGGAUAUGUAUCAGAGCGGCGAGGCGCUUGUGCGUGAGAUGGCGGAGUACCACGUCCUCGAGGGGGUGUACUCUGUCGAUGCCCUUCGGGGGAUGCAGACCGUGCCGACGGUGUUGGAGGAACCCGGGACGGGGCGCCGGCAGAGGGUGAGGAUUGGCGGUGGCGGGGAGGAUGUCGUGCUGAACUUUUAUAGUCGACUGUUGGGAGAUGAGUCU